CGCGAGAUCUCGCGAGAGGGAGGACGGGAAAUCUCGCGAGAGGAAGGGGCUGUUAGGGGACCCGGAGGGAGCGCGGGCCCAGCCUGGGAAUCGCGACAGGAACCGCGACAGGGACCGGGAAAGAGACCGGGAGGGACACCGGGAACGGCACCGGGUCACAGACUGACAGCCGGGAGCGGCGCACGGACAGGAACAGGCCCCGGCGGAGCCAGGCCGGGUCGCGGCCUCAGAGCGAGCGGAGCCUGAGGGACCCCCCCUCAGCCCCUUUGAAGCCCCCCUAGACCUCCCAGGACCCCCAGCCAUGUCGGACAGCGACGACAGCAACUUCUCGGAGGACGAGAGCGAGCGGAGCAGCGAGGGCGAGGAGGGCGAGGAAGGCGAGGCCGAGGAGCAGCGCGGGGGCAGCGGGAAGGAGGAGGAGGAGGGGGAGGAGAUUGAAGCCUCCAACAUCGACAACGUGGUGCUGGACGAGGAUCGUUCUGGGGCCCGGCGGCUCCAGAACCUCUGGAGGGACCAGCGGGAGGAGGAGUUGGGCGAGUAUUACAUGAAGAAAUACGCCAAGUCCUCGGUGGGGGAGACGGUUUAUGGGGGCUCGGAUGAACUGUCGGACGACAUCACCCAACAGCAGCUGCUGCCCGGGGUCAAAGACCCCAAUCUCUGGACUGUCAAGUGCAAGGUGGGUGCUGAGCCCCCACCCCAAAACCCAAAUCCCCGGUUUUCUAAGGACUGGUUUGCCAAACGCAAGAAGUUCAAGCGGCCGCCCCAGAGACUCUUCGACGCCGAGAAAAUCCGGUCCCUGGGGGGGGACGUGGCCUCCGACGGCGACUUCCUGAUCUUCGAGGGCAACCGGUACAGCAGGAAGGGCUUCCUGUUCAAGAGCUUCGCCAUGUCGGCCGUGAUCACGGAGGGGGUGAAGCCCACCCUGUCCGAGCUGGAGAAGUUCGAGGACCAGCCCGAGGGCAUCGACCUGGAGGUGGUGACUGAGAGCACAGGGAAGGAGCGGGAGCACAACUUCCAGCCUGGGGACAACGUGGAGGUGUGCGAGGGGGAGCUCAUCAACCUGCAGGGCAAGAUCCUGAGCGUGGACGGCAACAAAAUCACCAUCAUGCCCAAGCACGAGGACCUCAAGGACAUGCUGGAGUUCCCGGCCCAGGAGCUCAGGAAGUAUUUUCGGAUGGGCGACCACGUGAAGGUGAUCGCGGGGAGGUUCGAGGGCGACACGGGGCUGAUCGUGAGGGUGGAGGAGAACUUCGUCAUCCUCUUCUCUGACCUCACCAUGCACGAGCCCCCCCAGGUGCUGAACAUGUACGGGAAGGUGGUGACAGUGCGGCACCAGGCCGUCACCAGGAAGAAGGACAAUCGCUUCGCCGUCGCCCUGGACUCGGAGCAGAACAACAUCCACGUCAAGGACAUCGUCAAAGUCAUCGAUGGCCCCCACUCCGGCCGCGAGGGUGAGAUCCGACACCUUUUCCGCGGCUUCGCGUUCCUGCACUGCAAGAAGCUGGUGGAGAACGGGGGGAUGUUCGUGUGCAAGACCCGCCACCUGGUGCUGGCCGGGGGCUCCAAGCCCCGGGACGUCACCAACUUCACGGUGUGCGGCUUCACCCCCAUGUCCCCCCGCAUCAGCAGCCCGAUGCACCCCAGCGGGGCUGGCCAGCGGGGGGGCUUUGGGGCCGGCGGGAUGAGCCGCGGGCGGGGCCGGCGCGACAACGACCUCAUCGGGCAGACGGUGCGGAUCUCGCAGGGGCCCUACAAAGGGUACAUCGGGGUGGUGAAGGACGCCACGGAGUCCACGGCCCGCGUGGAGCUGCACUCGACCUGCCAGACCAUCUCCGUGGACAGGCAGCGCCUCACCACCGUGGGGUCCCGGCGCCCCGGGGGGCUCACGUCGGCCUACGGGAGGACCCCCAUGUACGGCUCCCAGACCCCCAUGUACGGCUCGGGGUCCAGGACCCCCAUGUACGGCUCCCAGACCCCCAUGUACGGCUCGGGGUCC